AUGACAUGGGAAGACCGUCUCGAUGCUCAGCUAGAAGUCCGUGACCAACUAGAGAAGGCAGACUCUCAGUACUUCUCCGCGUUCAAUGAGUUACUUGAGCGUACCAUAGCUGCUGAGAAAGCACUAGCUGCUGUGAAGCAGACACCGUCUUCUUCCGAAGUUCGAAGCAGUGGUAUCAAAGAUGUUGUCGUUCACGAAGAACUAUUGCUGCUACAGCAGGAAAAUAGCCAACUUGUGGCCAAAUUGAACGACCUGUCGUUCGAGAUCCAGUCCAAGAAUGCCAGGAUACGAUCACUCGAAGCGUCGGAGCAGAAACUUUCGAAAAACAUCGACUUUUUGAAGAAAAGAGUAACAGACAUGAGGAACGAGGUUCAGGAGAAGAAUAAGUCGAUUGAGAUCAUCAACGACGAGAUCUUGAGUUCCCAGAUCCAGAACAAUGUACUAGCCAAAAAGGUUGACGAAUUGAGCCAGGAGAACGAAGGCUUGAUCAAGAGAUGGAUAGACAAGGUAAGGGCCGAUGCAGAGAGAAUGAACGAGGUGAAUGAGUUGCUAGAGGCGAAGUCAAGGCUGAAUGGAGCAGGACUGGAACCUGGCGUGUGA